AUGUUCAGGCCCGCGGCAGGGGGCGGGGUCGCUCCUCCUCCUCUGCUCUGGUUCCCGCGGAGCCUCCCGGACGCUGAGAUGGAAAGCCCAAGGCUGCUCCCGGCUACCGGGACGCGACAGAGCGGCGGUGCUGGCAUCCCUGCGGGCGGCAGCCGGGUCCACGGAGGCCCUGACCCGUGGGCUGGCCAGGUCCCCGCGCGCCGACUCGUGCUGCUCCGGGGCCUCCAAGAUGGCGGGCCCGAGAGGGAGUGCGAGGAGGCCCGCGCGGCCUCACAGGGCUCAGGCCCCAGCCCGUUGGCGCCCAGGCCAGAUUACGCUGGCGGCGGUGGCGACAGCGGCGACGGCGAUGACUUUUUCCUGGUGCUGCUGGACCCAGUGGGUGGUGAUGUGGAGACCUCGGAAGCCCGCCAGGCCUCAGGGCCUGUAGGAAGGGAGGAGGCCCAGUCUGGCCCACAGCUCCAGAAGGGUGAGAGUGGCGGGAACCCACUUGGGCGACCGGCGCUAGGCCCCCACUGCCAGUCUGCGGUCCCCGCCCCACCCCCGGCCCAAGCCCCAGCCCCGGUCCCCGCUCCAGGCCUGGGACCCGCCAUGGCCUUCGCGAGCACUAUCACCAUCCACAACCAAAACCUGCUUUUGCGCUUUGAGAAUGGUGUCCUCACCCUUGCCACGCCCCCGCCGCCAGCCUGGGAGCCUGGGGUCGCGCCUGCCCCUCAGCCCGGGGGUCUGAUGGCUCACCAAGCGGGGAUCCCACACGCAGCGCAGCCCAGCGACUGCCCCGAGCUGCCGCCCGACCUCCUGCUGGCCGAACCGGCUGAACCGGCGCCUGCCCCGGCGCCUGAGGAGGAGGCAGAGAGCCAGCUCGCAGCAGCCGAGAGCCCCCGCAGGCCGCUGGGCCCGGGCCCGGGGGUGGUGCUGUACCUGUGUCCCGAGGCCCAGUGCGGACAAACCUUUGCCAAGAAGCACCAGCUGAAGGUGCACCUGCUGACUCACAGCAGCAGCCAGGGCCAGCGGCCCUUCAAGUGCCCCCUGGGCGGCUGCGGCUGGACUUUCACCACCUCCUACAAGCUCAAGAGGCACCUGCAGUCUCACGACAAACUUCGGCCCUUUGGCUGCCCUGCGGAGGGCUGUGGCAAGAGCUUCACCACAGUGUAUAACCUUAAGGCACACAUGAAGGGCCAUGAGCAGGAGAACUCAUUCAAGUGCGAAGUGUGCGAGGAGAGCUUCCCUACACAGGCCAAACUCAGCGCCCACCAACGCAGCCAUUUCGAGCCCGAGAGGCCCUAUCAGUGCGCGUUUUCCGGCUGCAAGAAGACGUUUAUCACAGUGAGUGCCCUGUUUUCCCACAACCGUGCCCACUUCAGGGAACAGGAACUCUUCUCCUGCUCUUUUCCUGGAUGCAGCAAACAGUACGACAAGGCUUGUCGCCUGAAAAUUCACCUGCGGAGCCACACAGGUGAGAGACCUUUCCUUUGUGACUUUGACGGCUGUGGCUGGAACUUCACCAGCAUGUCCAAACUCUUAAGGCACAAAAGGAAGCACGAUGAUGACCGGAGGUUCAUGUGUCCUGUGGAAGGCUGUGGGAAAUCUUUCACGAGGGCCGAGCACCUGAAAGGCCACAGCAUAACCCACCUGGGCACAAAGCCUUUUGUGUGCCCUGUGGAAGGCUGCUGUGCCAGGUUCUCUGCUCGCAGUAGUCUCUACAUUCACUCCAAGAAACACUUGCAGGAUGUGGACACUUGGAAAAGCCGUUGCCCAGUCUCUACUUGUAAUAAACUUUUCACAUCCAAGCACAGCAUGAAGACCCACAUGGCCAAAAGGCACAACCUCAGCCAGGAUCUCUUAGCUCAGCUGGAAGCUGCAAAUUCUCUUACACCCAGCAGUGAACUUACCAGCCAGGGACAGAGUGAUCUCAAUGAUGCAGAGCUAGUGUCUCUCUUCUCUGAUGUGCCUGGCAGUAGUUCUGCUGCAGUGUUGGACACAGCACUGGUGAACUCUGGAAUCUUGACUAUUGAUGUGGCUUCUGUGAGUUCAACUCUGGCAGGGAACCUCCCUGCUAAUAAUAAUAAUUCCUUAGGGCAGGCUGUGGACCCUCGGACCUUGAUGGCCACCAGUGACCUUCCCCAAAGUCUGGAUACCUCUCUCUUUUUUGGAACAACAGCCUCUGGUUUUCAGCAGGGUCCCUUAGAUAUGGAUGAUGCCUCAAGUCUAAGUGUGGGGCCAUUGGCAUCUCUGGGCCCUUUGGCUAUGAAAAACUCGAGUCAAGAACCCCAAGCUUUGACGCCCAGCAGCAAGCUAACAGUGGACACAGAUGCUCUGACUCCUUCCAGCACCCUUUGUGAAAACAGUGUCUCAGAACUACUGACGCCAACCAAAGCAGAAUGGAAUGUACAUCCUGACUCUGACUUCUUUGGACAGGAGGAAGAAACCCAGUUUGGAUUUUCCAAUCCAGCAGGAAACCAUGGUUCUCAGAAAGAAACAGAUCUUAUCACAGUGACUGGCAGCUCAUUUUUGGUAUGAACUAUUAAUUCCUUGCCACAUGGCUUACUUUUGUUAAUUACACUCAAUUUUAAGGAUAUUCUGGACUAAAUGUUUAAAUGAAGCCCUUUCUAACAGAUUUGGAAAGGAACAAAUCCCGAGGCUAUAAGUUGGGAAAUUUAAAUUCUGAUCUUGACUCUGGAACUGACAAGUUGUGUGACCCUGAGCAAGUCACUUAACCAAUCUGAGCCUUAACUUGCUUAUUUAUAAAAUGAGGUGGUUUGAAUAGAUUAUUUCUAAGAUUUUUCAACUGUGUAUUUUCAUGAUUUUGUGCUCUUUCGAUUGCAUGUGCUUCUAAUGUAAUGAAAAUGCAUUGAGAGUUAAUGAUCAAAGAAUGUGAACUGGCAUUUAACUUUAAAAUUUCAAGGGAAAUUUUACAGAAUGUCAGAAUAUUUCUAAAAUCUAGUGAUAGAGCUUAAAAAAAGAAACCUAAAAAUAUGGGUUGGUUCUUUUUACCUCCUCACCCUUCUAGUUUCUUUUUCUCUCUUUUUCUUUCUUUCUUUCUUUCUUUCUUUCUCUCUCUUUUUUUUUGUGGAAGGUUAUGUUGUGGCAGAGCUUUGAUAAGACUCAGACCCAGAAAUUUUGACUUUGUGGUGUUGAGUAAGUGGCCUUAAGUCAUUUAGCAUCACUAAACCUCAGUUCCCUGCUGUAAAAUGGUCAUUGUAAUGUAUACCUACCUGAUAAUGCAUUUUAGACUUAUUUUUCUAUCCCAGGAGUUAGUUUUGGGGGGGAAAUGUUCUGUGUUUUGGCAUGCUUUGGUGAAUCUUUAUCACUUUUCCUGCCCCUCUAGUUCCUUCCUAAAAGAGAAAUUAGCAUAAUUCAAUGACAGGUGUGCAGGCAGUAAAGGUUUAUGAACAAUAAGAAGCAGGAAAUGGAAUAUCUUUCUUCCACAGAUUCAGAAGGAUUUUUCUCUAUACAAUUCUUAUGUAAUGUUGCCUCCAGGUCCAUUUGUCUGAAUUACAGUAUCUUUGCUCUGCAUUCAAAGCCAGCCCAUGGAGUGAAUAUAUAGAGCCUGUGAUUCCAAGAAAAUCUGGGAACAGAUCAGAGUGACAUUUUCUCCCUCUGUGUCCCAGAGAGCAGUUUGCUUGCCUUCUUCCUGAGUUGGAAUGAGAGGUUCAUUUGCAUUUUGAGUAAAUAUAAUCAGUCUUACAUGAGUAUAGCAUUUUAAAGUUUAUGCAGCACUUUCACAACUUAUAUUUGAGCCUCACAAUAUUGUGAGAUAGUUGGGACAAAGUUUUAACUAUAAUUCAUAUUAAAAUUUACCUAACUCACGUUGAAA